GCACGGAGGCGACAGCGAGGAGGAAAGUGUCCCACAACGCUCGCUCCACUUGUGUCCUAAUUUUUUUCCCCGCAAACCUCUGACUUGACUUCAUCUCGCGUUCUGCCCCGUGGUUGUUUGCGCGUGGCGGUGGGUGGAUGGGAGGGGGAUUUUGAGUGCACCUGCCUCCGCGUACAUCCGUCUCCUCGGUGCCGGGUCGGGAGUCGGACUGACCCAGCUGCGCAGGAGCGCUGCGCUGCGCGACGCGCCAUGGGACACGGGAGAAUCACUGCCGCUUCGUGCACGCACACCUGAGGGCUCUGUGGAUUAACAGAUAACGUUUGUUUUUUGGGGGUCUGUUUUUUUUUAAGGAGAAAGAAGAAGACUCUUUCAUUUACUCGCUUAAAGGAGCGACGGUCACGCGCAAUCGAAAGCCUCUGCUAAAAGGACUUCUGUAUCACUGUAUUUUUUUGGGUGCCAGGAUGGUGUCCUCCAGCUGUGUCGGGUUGUUCGUUGUCCUCUUGUGCUGCUCAUCACUCACAAAUGGACAUUUGGAGACGGAGCACUCGCCCAAGAUUCUGCCGUCUGACAAUCCCCUCAUUCGACCUCAGGGCGAUUUGUUGAGCCUCGUGUGCAGAGGUCACGGCCCGCUGCACUGGACCCUCGGUGAUCUCCAUCGAUCCCAUCAUCGAUCGAUCCCAUCGAAGGGCGUGAAGGUGGCGCAGUGCGAUUCCAGACGUCACUCUCCCUUCCACUGCAGCAUACUCACGGUCACGAGCUUAAGUGCCAAUGACACCGGACGCUACAGCUGUAAAUACUCCAAGAAUGGUGUAGAACACAUUACCUCCAUCUACGUCUUUGUCCCAGAUCCCAAGCAACCGUUUGUGGGGCCCUUUCUUAGCUCAUAUGAAGUGCUUUUCAUCUACAGAGAUGCGACCACCAUGGUGGUUCCUUGCCGGACGUCCUCUCCUGAUACUGUUGUUACACUCAUAGCGACCAAACUUUCUACAAAUGUGGUCAUUGAGGGAAUGCCCUGGGAUCCAAAGGUUGGAUUUACGAUCCCCAUCGACCCCAACAACACCUUUUACAACCUGCUCACCUGUAAAACCACGGUCAACGGCCGUGAGUUCACGUCGAUGUACAUGCCUCAGAGAAUAACUCGCGUUCUGAACAAUGUGAAGAUCACCCCGGAUCGUGUCAGGGUGCUUGUUGGAGACACCCUUAUUCUCAACUGUACUGGCGAGACCAGCUACAAUGGAAGAAUCGUCUUCGAGUGGGAUUUUCCAAAAAAGAGAGAAAAUAGACACUUAUACAAAACUACGGAAGUCCGCCCCAGUCAGGUUUUUGUUAUGAGCAAGGCUUUGAUUUUGCCGAAUGUUUCCGUGGAGGAUAAGGGGGUGUACCGCUGCAGAGGUGAGCUCGAACCCACGAACUACAAGGAUGUCUCGGCAAAAGUCCUUGUUUACGAGCGUCCGUUCCUCAAUGUCUCCUAUAAGCAUUAUCGGCUUGGUGAAGUUACCGUUAAAGAAGGCAGAAAGAAGCUUGUUUUUGACCCCAAGGUCAACGCUCUGCCAAUACCAAACAUUGUUGCAUGGUAUAAGGACGGGGUCCGUAUCAACAUCACUUCCACCUGCUACAAUAUGUCUAACUACAGCUUGAUCAUCACCGACGUGCAACAGAAGCACGCUGGGGUCUUCACCAUAAGCCUGGGCAACCAAGCCAAGGGCUUGUACAGGAAUCUGAGCUACACGCUGGUCGUCCAGGUGAAACCAACUAUUUCGGAGGCGGAGCUUGCCACUGUGGAUGUGCAGCCGUACACGUUGCGCAGACAGCAUCAGCUGACCUGCACUGCUUAUGGAAUACCUUUGCCAAACAUCACUUGGUUCUGGCAACCGUGUGACUCGGACCCAACGCUUACAAAUUGCUUUCCUGACACCAAGCCACUUUCCGUCAACAUUGAUGAAAGGAGAAAUGACUCCCACAACUGGAUUAAGACUAUAAACGUCAAGUCCGAGCUGGUUAAAGCAAAAAACAAGACUGUGAGCACCCUGGUGAUAGGAGAGGCUAUGAUGUCAGGCAUGUACUCCUGUGUGGCCCAGAAUGAAGUCGGCAACAGCACAAUGACGAUCCCCUUCUACGUUGAUGAUCUCGCGGAGGGAAUCACCAUCACACCUCGGGCAGCCAUCGAGGGGGACGACGUCACUCUGACCUGCCGGGCAGCUCGCUACCUGUACACCGACCUGCGGUGGCUGGAUUCGAGGAAUCAAACGGUCGCUGCCAACGUGUCGGGUCUCCAGAUCGGCGGCUACUCCAUUUCUCUCUCUCUGCGUCUGCAUAACGUGUCCCAAGUCAGCACUACGGGCUACAAGUGCCAAGCGUACAAGCUCAACAGGAGGGUUGAACUCAAGACCGCUGCGCUUUUUGUGAAUGUGAGGAGAAGCCCCUGGCUGAGUCAGAAUCUGACCGAUCAAGCUGUGAACAGCAGCGGCACCCUGAUGCUGGCCUGCUUUGCUCUGGGAGUUCCUCGUCCUUACAUCAUGUGGUACAAAAAUGGUGUUGAGGUGGAGGAAGGACCAGGUAUCAUCCUGAAAGAGGACGGGGUCCUGACCAUCGAGAGGGUGAAGAAAGACGACGAAGGUCUCUACGAGUGCGUAGCCAGCAACGACGAGGGCAACGCGACGACCAGCUCUGUCGUUACUGUGUUCGGGGAUGAAGGAAAGCCGAGCGUUGAGGUCAUCAUUUUGGUUUGUACGGGAGUUGCCGCCACGUUCCUCUGGCUCAUGCUCAUCCUCUUCAUCCGCAAGCUGAGGAAGCAACCGGGACAUUACAAGAUGGGCCCGUCGAUCAUCAUUGACCCUGACGAGUGUCCCCUCGAGGAGCAGAAUGACCUUCUUCAGUACGACAGCAGUAAAUGGGAGUUUCCCCGCGACCGACUGCGGCUCGGCAAAACCCUCGGCCAUGGAGCGUUUGGGAAAGUGGUGGAGGCCUCUGCCUUCGGGAUCGACAAGCUCUCCACCUGCAAGACGGUCGCUGUCAAAAUGUUGAAAGGAGGCGCCACGUCCAACGAGAGGAAAGCUCUGAUGUCAGAGUUGAAGAUUCUGAUCCACAUUGGCCAUCACCUGAACGUGGUCAACCUGCUGGGAGCCUGCACGAAGCCCGGAGGGCCGCUGAUGAUGAUAGUGGAGUUCUGCAAAUACGGCAACUUGUCCAACUACCUUCGAGGCAAGAGAGACGACUUCCUCGUCUACAAGAGCCAGGACGACAAGGUGGUGUCGUCGGGGUCUCGCUGCGAGCUCAUCGAGCUGAUGAAGCGCCGCCUGGAGAGCGUGGCCAGCAACGGGAGCUCGGCCAGCUCGGGCUUCGUCGAAGAUAAGAGCUACUGCGACUCGGAGGAAGAGGAAGAAGAAUCUGAGGAUUUGUAUAAGAGAGUCCUGACGUUGGAAGAUCUGAUUUGCUACAGUUUCCAAGUUGCAAAAGGCAUGGAGUUCUUGGCUUCACGCAAGUGCAUCCAUCGGGAUUUGGCUGCACGAAACAUCCUGCUGUCUGAGAAUAAUGUCGUGAAGAUUUGUGAUUUCGGACUUGCCAGAGACAUCUAUAAAGAUCCGGAUUAUGUGCGCAAAGGAGAUGCCAGACUGCCGCUCAAGUGGAUGGCACCUGAGGCCAUUUUCGACAAGAUCUACACGACUCAGAGUGACGUCUGGUCCUUCGGUGUUCUCAUAUGGGAGAUCUUCUCUCUGGGGGCCUCCCCGUACCCCGGCGUCCAAAUCGACGAAGAAUUUUGCUGCAGGCUGAAAGAAGGGACCAGGAUGAGAGCCCCUGAAUACUCGUCCUCUGAAAUAUAUCAGACCAUGUUGGACUGCUGGCAGGGGGAGCCACAGGAGCGACCCACCUUCACCGAGCUGGUGGAACAGCUGGGAGAUCUGCUCCAGGCCAGCGUGCAACAGGAGGGAAAGCACUACAUACCUAUCAACACUGCCCUGAUGCCGAAGCUGGGAGACCCGUCCGCCGCGCUGCUCCCAGAGGAGACUCCCACAAGACCCGCCUCCCAACGCGACUCGGGGACCGCAUGGAACAUCAAGAUCCGUCCCGCUAGCGUGAAAACCUUUGACGAGGUUACCAUGGAGGACGGGACCAAUGGGAGCCACGAGGGCGGUCAGUCGGACAGCGGGAUGGGCCUGUCGUCUGACAACAUGGACACUCUGAAGCGCCUCGAGUCACUGGCGGGCCGACCGCUGAGCAUCAUGGCGGCCCUGGCGAUGAAGGCGGCGAGUAAGAGCAAAGAGUCGGUGCUGAGUGACGCCGACAAGGAGAAGUUCCAAUCCCCGGUCCCCUCUCUGGACUUCCUCCUGGACGACUCGGCCCUGGACGACUCGGCCCUGGACGCCGGUCUGGAGUGUCACAGCCCGCCGCCGGACUACAACUACGUGGUGCGCUACUCCACGCCGCCCGUGUAAAGCUCCGCCCCCCUCCCCCCCUCCACACGAACCCCCCCAGAGAACCCUGCAGGCCUUCUGCUUUGCCCAGCUCUGUUUUUUUGUUUUUCCGCUCUCAGUGCUGGAGCAAAGUUUGAGAGGAAAACACGUGAGAUCCCACCAAAGUGUUUUAGACGGAACGCCGCGAAAGGAAAAAACACCCAAUCCACCCGCCUUUAACCUCCAACUUCCGAGGGGGAGGGGGCGGAAAACGUGUAGACUGUUAAUUCCGCUCCGGUUUUGAGGAGCAAGCUGCCGUUGACGCUGCUGGUCCAUUUUCCACAUUCACUGUGAUUUGUCAAACAGCUGGAGACAGCCUCAGGUAUUACUGUCAUCUACUGUGAAAAGGAAGAGAGCUGAUCCCACUGCAGCCUGUGAUGAUGGAGAAUAACCACCGGGACAGAAAAGAGAGAGGCCAUAGCUCAGGCUUUUCAAGUUGAUGUUGGAAAACUCAUUUGUAGAUUUUAUUCCGAAAGUUAAAAAUGAAGUAAUUUGUAAAAAAAAAAAAAAAAGAAUUAAAAAGAGUAAAUAUUUUUGUUAUGUAGCUACAU